AAUACAACAAACACCCUUUGUUUUGCUCUCUCCUUUGAUUUGUGCCCUCUAUUUUGCAAGACGAGUGCUCAGCAUUUGUGCAGUUAUGGCAAGUUUGGAAAUUGAAUCAGCAAAUGGUCACACCUCUGGUCCUCACAAAAAAACAGUUGAAGAAAAAUCAGAGAGGGAGAAGCAAAUUGACGAGUGGCUUCCAAUUACUUCCAAAAGAAAUGGAAAAUGGUGGUACUCAGCUUUCCACAAUGUCACUGCCAUGGUUGGAGCUGGUGUUCUGGGUCUCCCAUAUGCCCUGUCAGAUCUUGGAUGGGGACCAGGUGUAACUAUACUUCUACUCUCAUGGAUCAUCACUCUUUACACACUAUGGCAAAUGGUUGAGAUGCAUGAAAUGGUUCCAGGAAAACGUUUUGAUAGAUAUCAUGAACUAGGUCAGUAUGCCUUUGGUGAAAAGCUAGGCCUUUAUAUUGUGGUGCCUCAACAACUUGUGGUUGAAAUUGGGGUGAACAUUGUCUACAUGGUCACUGGGGGAACAUCAUUGAAGAAGUUCCAUGAUACAGUGUGUUCAAGCUGCAAACAUAUUAAAUUAACCUUUUUCAUUAUGAUCUUUGCCUCUGUUCACUUUGUGCUGUCCCAUCUCCCAAACUUCAACUCAAUUACUGGUGUAUCCUUGGCAGCAGCAGUAAUGUCCUUAAGUUACUCUACAAUUGCUUGGGCAGCAACUGUGCACAAGGGUGUCCAAGAAAAUGUGCAAUAUGGUUACAAAGCAAAGAGUGCUUCAGAAACAAUGUUUAACUUCUUUAAUGCCCUUGGUACUGUGGCUUUUGCCUAUGCUGGACACAAUGUGGUGCUAGAAAUCCAAGCUACAAUCCCAUCUACACCAGGGAAGCCAUCCAAGAUUCCUAUGUGGAGAGGUGUGGUUGUUGCCUACAUAGUUGUGGCUAUAUGCUACUUCCCUGUAGCUCUUGUAGGUUUCUGGAUGUUUGGCAAUGCGGUUGAGGAUGACAUCCUUGUCUCUUUAGAGAAACCAGCUUGGCUUAUUGCAAUGGCUAACUUGUUUGUUGUUGUUCAUGUAAUUGGAAGCUAUCAGGUGUAUGCAAUGCCAGUGUUUGAUAUGAUUGAAACUUUGAUGGUGAAGAAAUUGAAUUUUGAACCAAGCAGAAUGCUUCGUUUUGUUGUACGUAAUGUAUACGUGGCAUUCACAAUGUUCAUUGCUAUUACCUUCCCAUUUUUCAAUGGUCUCCUUGGAUUUUUUGGAGGGUUUGCUUUUGCUCCAACAACAUACUUUCUCCCCUGUAUCAUAUGGCUUAAAGUUUACAAACCAAAGAGAUUCAGCUUGUCUUGGUUCACUAACUGGAUAUGUAUUGUGCUUGGCCUAUGUUUGAUGAUAUUAUCACCUAUUGGAGGAUUGAGGACGAUCAUAGCUCAGGCUAAGACCUACAAAUUUUACUCUUAAACUCUUUCCCUUUUGAAUCAGUGAUGGGAAGGUGUAGCAUAC